AUGGUCUCCGGAUUCCGCCGCUCCGUUUCCCUGCCGGGAUCUACCCCGAGCGGCAGCCCCGCCGGACGCCGCUGCGAGAAGCCUCACCACCUGCGCUCCGCCAGCCUUCCCUGCCGCUCCCACCCCGCCAUCUCCCACCUCCUCGACCAGAUCCGCUCCUUGUCGGACUUGGGAAUUCGCUGUUCCCCCGCCUCCGGGCUCGACCGGAUCGAUCGCCUUCUAUCCGCCCUCGAUGACAUACUCCGCCUCCCGCAGGCACAGGAUCCCCUCCGCCGCGGCUCCGCCUGGGCAGACCGCCUCCUUGACGGUUUCCUCCGCCUUGCCGACGCCCACGGCUCCUUCCGCUCCGCUGUCGUCGCCCUCGAGCAGCACAAUGCGGAGGCCCGCGCCGCGAUCCGCCGCCGCGUCCCCGUGCGGCUAGACUCCGCUGCUCGGUCCCAUCGUCGGGCGGAGAAGGAGCUCAUCCGGCUCGCCACGGCCGUCAAGGAUCUCGCCAGAUGUCCGCCGCUCAUCUGCUCGGACGCGGCCGAGGCCGAGGUCGCCGGGAUCGUCGCGGAGGCGAUGGCGGCAACUGCGGCCACGUCGGCGGCGGUUUUCUUGGGGAUCGCGGCAGCUUCAUCGGCGGUGGCCGGAUCAAUGUCGAAGGGCUCAUGGACGGCGUGGCCGUCAAGGAGGCCAUCGAAGAAGGGAAGCGAGGAAGCGGAGAUGGCAGCGAUGGAGGAGUGCAUGGAGGGAUUGGAGGAAGGAAGCGGGAGGGUAUUCAGGAGUUCGGUGAACAUUAGAGUGGCGCUUCUCAACAUACUCACUCCCUCGCUGUAG